AUGGAUGAUAGAACUUUGGUGUCUGGAAAUGGAGAUGACGAACCACAAUUUCCUCCAUUGGCUGGACAAGGUUCUAAUUACAAUCUGACUUUGGAUUGUAAUGAGGUUGAAAUCAAUAUGGCCAAUAUAAGUAAGCCUUUAAAUACUAGUAUGGCACAUCUGGAUGAGUUUCUUAAAAAUGUGAUAUCAGUUGAUCAAGAAGGGCAGCUGGUGCAACACCCUUCUUCUUCCUCACUACCCACUUCACUUUUUCUUGGGAAUUUUAAUUUGAAUGGAUCAUUGAUGGGUAGUAAGAAGACAACCAUAGAUGAUGUAUGGAAGGAAAUUGCUCAUCAUGAUCAUCAGUCUCUCAAUUUCAAUUCUGCUGCAGCCAAUGAAUCUAUGCAUCAUCAAAGAAUGACUACUAUUGGGGAACCACCAGAAACAAGUCAAACAACACCACCUGAACAUCUCCUAACCAUCCUAAAUUCUCAUCCAAUGAUGCCCAUUGAUCCAGAAGUUGUAGUAUCCCAGCAAGCAGAUUGGUUUCAGUUCCAAGUUGCUGCCGCUGCUCAGCAAAUGACCAUGUUGGACUCAAAUUUUAAAGUGGGUAUGUCAAUUCCAAUGCCAGCAAUAUCAGCAGCAUCCUCUUCAGAGUCUCAGGCAACUCAUGCCGGGAGGAAGCGCAACUACUCAGAUGAAAUGAAAGAGAAGAGCAUUGAGAGGAGGCAAAAGAGGAUGAUCAAGAAUAGAGAGUCAGCAGCAAGGUCAAGGGCUAGGAAACAGGCUUAUACCAAUCAGUUGGAGAAUGAAGUAUUUCAAUUGAGAAAAAUGAAUACCUGGCUCAAAAAGCAAAAGGAGGUGGAGAUACUCUUAUCUUCAAGUCCUAUUCAUUCCAUGCCUGUAUACCAACUUAGGCGCACCAGUUCAGCUUCCUUUUAG